AUGUACAAUGCUAAAAUGAACCCACAAUGUUCAAAAUGUAAAGCAGCAAUGAGGAAAUAUAACUACUCUGUCAAAGAGAUAGAACGUAUGCGAAACGACUAUGCAGAUUUAAAGAAAGAAGCAGAGAAACCAGCAGAAGAUAAAAUGGACAUGUUGACAUUUCUGAACAAAAACUAUCCAACAGCUGACGAUUUCCUUCUAUCUGAUGUCAAGAAGAAAUAUAAAGAAACCUUCGGCAUUGUUAAAACUUUUGACAUACUGACAGAAGAAAUAGAAGCUACAAAACUGUUUAGAAUUUCAAAUAUACAUCGUACAAUUCAUGUAAAACGCUUGUGA